AUGUCUUUCCUCUGUCUCGAGUAUAAUGCCUCAAACCUUUCUCCUCCAACGGCAGAUUUCCUCAGCGCCCUCCACAUCACAGACAUCAAAGUUCCCAGCCCUCUAGCGACGGGCGAGGGCGGCUGGCUGGAGUGUGAGUGGGCAGACGACGGGGACAACAUCUACGCCCUGAAAUGGUACCUGGGCCUCGACGAAUUCUAUCGGUGGACCCCCGCCGAAACCCCUCCCGUCAAGACGUUCCCGGUUAAAGGGAACCCCAUCACGGUGGAUCUCGAGGCGUCGCGUCGAGGACGAGUUCGCGUGGGGCAGGUGACGCUCGAAGCGACCGGCGUCUACCGAUGCGAAGUGUCGGCAGAAGCUCCUUCUUUCCACACAGAGUCGAAGGUGGCUUCGAUGACCAUCGUAGAUCUCCCAGAUGAUAAGCCACUUAUCACUGGAACUCGGCCAAGUUACCAGCUGCAUGAGGAGGUUCGCCUGAAUUGUUCCUCACCUCAUUCUCAGCCGCCCUCCACCCUCACAUUCCUAGUCAACAAUGAGCAGGCUGACACCCAUCAUGGUUUGGUGCACUACAAGAGUCGCGAGGACUCCUCCACUGGCCUCGAGACAGCCGUCUUAGGCCUACGCUUCGCCCUCAGACCAAGAAUGAUGCGCCAGGGGUUCGUCAGCGUGAAAUGCAUAGCGCAAAUCUUGGACAUAUACUGGGACAGCAGCGAGACUCUCAUCAUGGGAGACAUGCCCUACCAUGCCUCCGUCAUGGAAGGAAGGGCAUCAUCGGCCUAUAAAUUAUCAGCGGCCACAACAGUUUAG